GUGACGCACCUACCCCGCACAGGGCUGGUUUGCCGUUGUUGUGAGUGCGCGAGACCGAGAGAAAACAGAUCAGACGGAUCGGUGAACGGCAAAGGGAGGACUACCCACGAAGGUGAGAGGGGAGCGAACGGAGGAAACGGCGCAGUCUGGACGUGCGAAGGCUAACACUUGUAAAAUAAAACUUUAAAAAUUGCUGCAGUUACUAUGGCAGCACCGGUGAACACUCAGAAUCCUAGUAAAACCUGGGAGCUCAGCCUCUAUGAGCUGCAUCGGACCCCACAGGUGAGUAAAACAGGGCAGCUCAGCCUCUACGAACUGCAAAGGACCCCGCAGGAGGCAAUUAUGGAUGGGACAGAGAUUGCAGUGUCACCUCGGAGCUUGCAUAGUGAGCUGAUGUGUCCCAUCUGUCUGGACAUGUUAAAGAACACCAUGACAACGAAGGAAUGUUUACACCGCUUCUGCUCGGACUGUAUUGUCACUGCACUCCGCAGCGGAAACAAAGAAUGCCCCACAUGUCGAAAGAAGCUGGUGUCUAAACGAUCUCUCCGACCAGAUCCUAAUUUUGAUGCGCUGAUCUGUAAGAUCUAUCCGAGCAGGGAUGAGUAUGAAGCACAUCAAGACCGUGUGCUUGCACGAUUGAGCAGACUCCAUAACCAACAGGCUCUAAGCAGUAGCAUUGAGGAAGGGCUGAAAAUGCAGGCCAUGCACAGAGCUCAGCGAGUAAGGAAGGCGCAGCAUGAAUCAGACAAUACCACUUUCAGUGGUGGUGAGGACAACUGUGACAGCCGCUCUCAUGUCAGCAAUGUGUCUACGCACAGCAAUCAGGAGGCUGGUCCAAGCCGCAAACGCUCUAAAGCUUCAGAUGACUCCUGUCCCGAUCUGGAUAACUCAAGGGAAGGGGCAGGAAGUCCAGAUGUAGGUGUGGACUCCUGCAGUGAAAUCGAACUGGUGUUCCGACCUCACCCAGUGCUUGUGGAAAAAGAUGAAUAUUCCCAAACAAGAUAUGUGAAGACUACUGCAAAUGCCACUGUGGACCAUUUGUCUAAAUACCUUGCAUUAAGGAUUGCUUUGGAGGAACAGCAGAAGAGCCUUGGGAAUAAUGCUGUUAGUCUCGAGGAAGUCAGUGAGAAGCAGUACACAAUCUACAUCACCACCUCAGGGGGCCAGUUCACGACGUUGAAUGGAUCAUUGACACUGGAAUUGGUAAAUGAGAAAUAUUGGAAGGUCAGCAAGCCUCUUGAGCUAUACUAUGCACCCACCAAGGAGCAGAAGUAGUGAAGGAAGGAAGAGGACCAGAAGAAAACUGCUAUCUGCUUGCUUGCUCCUUCCAUAUAUUUGCCACAGUAAGACUGCAACAGCUUUUUUGGCAUUGGAGAUUAUGGAAGGGACUGUGCUGAAUCCCAGAAGAGAAGAACUGGCUUGAAAUUUUGAAUGCAGGGCCAAUGAGAGGACAUUCUCUUGCAGUCUGGGUCGGGGUAUAGAAUAAAUCUGAACUGUUACAUACCAUUACUCCUGUGUCCUCUAGUGCUGGGUGCGAAUGUGUAUUUUGAACUCAGGAUCACAUUUUGAGGUUUGACCUUAUUUCUUCUGUGAUCAUUUGGCCAUCUAGCUAAUGAGUAGGUGUUCAUGGAGCCCUGUGAUUCUUGUGCAGGUUCCUUUUCCUUGAGAACUGCUGAUACUUUACGUGUAUAUGGCUAACCAAACCCAUUAACUGAAACUGAACAUUGAGGAUGCACAGUACUGAUAGUGCAUACCCUUCUCCUAGUUGCAGCUAGUGAGGAGUUAGUGGACAAAUGAGAAGUAGAUGAGUUUAACCAUUUUAAAAUUUACAGCCCUGAAAACCAUUUUUGUGUCAGAUUUGAUUUUUUUUGGAUGUACUGUUUCUCAUUUUUCUAUUGUUCCUUUUGUGUGUUUAUAACAUGCAUGGCUGUGUAAUAUUCACCAUUAUUAUGCAUCAAAAUCCAUAGCUCUGUUUAUUGCUGAUCUGCCUUAUUUUGGUUUAUCCUUCUAGGUUUUAUUUACAUCAGUCUUUGGCAAAAGAACUCUUGAAAGUCUUGUGCUUAAUUUAUAAGAUGCUCAACAUUUUCAGCUAAUCUUAAAUUCCUCCUCUUCCUCCUCCCACUCACCAUUUUGUUUGCUGAGCAGUUGAUUUCCUUUCAGCUGUUUCACUGAGAAUAACCCUAAACUUUCUGGGUUUAAAUAAAGUGCCUGUGCCAGUUGGCCUAUGCUUUUGAUCCCCCUUACAUGCCUGGCUUAAUGUUUUUGUUUUGUCUCUUUCUUAUUUGACUCUGUAUUUGAAGAGUGUGUUAGUGAGCAGAAAGUUAGCUGUGUUAUGUGUGUUUUUGAGAUUGGUUUGCACCACUUUUUGUAAUAUUGCUCAAUUGACCUCUGACACCAUUGAGGUAAUGUACCCAUUUCAUGCCUGUUGAUCUUCCAUUCCAAAGCAAUCCUAGUAAUAAUUUUCUGUGUCUGUCACUUUGUAUUGGAUUUGAGGGAGGAGCGGGGAAGGGGUAACUUUUAAGGGUUAAUACUGCUGUGCGCUUUCUUACUGUAUCACACGACUUUCAUAUCGUGUGAUUAGAAGAUGUUUGAAUAUCCAGAGAAUAAAAUUUAUUGGGUGAGUUUUCUUUUAAUAGAAAAAUACAUGCAUUUGAAAGAUUCAUUCUGCAGCUUUUUAAAAAAUUUCUCUGCUUUCUGAAGCCAUUGACGUUUUUUUCAAUACUUCGCUUUGGCUGUUUGCACCAGCGAUGCUGUUGAGCUGAGCCUCUUCCAAUACGGCUCAAAUGCUAGGUGUAGAAAAUAGUGAUCAAGUGCAGUAUCCUGCGAUAAUUGUUCUUCUUCCUAACCCUAGACCAUCAUUUUCAACUGCAACUCAUCACUGUGUUUUUGACAUAGUUUUGCUAAAUUAGGAGAGAACAAAGAUUGUCUGGCUUUAAUACUGAAUAAACCUUCUGCUGAUUUUGGGCUUUAUUGUGAUACCACUCUGCUCCAUGCUAGUUGUUCCCACUGCUUGAAAUACUCAUACUGCAUAUAGUAUUUUAUACACUCUGAUCUGUAUUAAUAGGUU